CGGAAGGACACAUCCGCGGUGUCGCUGGACUGGAAUCCGGCACCUUCUGGUUCCGGCUGUGUUGAGAAGUACCCUUCCAAGCCGCCAGGUGGCAGCACGUGCACGCAGCAGCUGAAGUGAGAGCGUCGGCGCCGCGACCUGCUGCCGCCAUGAGACUCUGUUCCACCGUGGCCCGCUGGAGCUGCCAAGUCCCCAAGCUGGCGCAGCUUCUCACCGUGAGGCAGUUGACCCGCCAGCACCACCUGCUGGCCGCCGCGCUGACCCGGUGGGACCCGGGAAGCGUCUGCGCGCGCCAGCCGUGGGGCUGCUCCGGUGGGAGGCCGAGGCUCCCCUGUCGGAGGUUCAAGAGCAACAGCGAGAAAGGUGCAGCCGGGACGACAGCAGACGAGGAGGAGGAGGAGGAGGAGGAGGAGGAGGCCCACGGCGAGGAUGAAGAGCAGCCGGACGCCAGUGUACCAGACGGCUACAAGGACGUGGAGAAAUCCGUGCAGUCGUUUCGCUACGACAUGAUCAUGAAGGCGGGUCUGGACGUGGCACGCAAUAAGAUCGAAGACGCCCUCUACCACAGCCGCCUCCGACUCAACGGCCAGCGGCUGCUGAAGAAAAGCAAAAAGGUGAGAGUCGGGGACACUCUGGACCUGAUCGUGUCGGAGGACAAGGAGGCCGGCACGGUGCAACUGAAGCGGGUGGUCCUCAGAAAGGUCUUGUGGGAGUCUCCUGAGGAGGAGAGGUUCAAGGUCAGCUUGAGGCGGUGGAAGAUUCUGGAGCUCCGCAGCCAGGAGGCUUCGAAGUUGGACUCGGGACCCGUCCAGGGCCAUGGGACGCGCGAGGUGCCUGCGGGGGCAGGUGGAUGAGCCGCGGACUGGACUCGGGUGUGUUGAAGCACGAGGUGAAUAAAAGUGUCCUGGCCCGGACCCUCCACGGCUCCUUCCCAGGUGUCCAGGCGGUGGCAGGCGGGCUGUGAUGUCAUCACCCAGCGACACGUUUUCCAGAUGCGUCCUCUUGGUAUGAAGAGCGACCUGCAGGAGUGAGAGGUGGAGCUGAGCUCUGCAGGUCAGGUGACGCUGGAGCGUGACACCCACUUCAGUGGUGCUGUGCUUUUAUUAGAGACAUGUCAGCGGCUUAGAACUUGUAUAAGACGACCACACACUGUCAGCGCGGUGGAGGAAGGACGCGGCGUGUGCUAGCAAGUCGCCGCAGUCGACGCUAAGGCUACGACGUCCAAGUGUUAGCGGAGCCAGGCGCCACCUAGGGGCCGGCGGUGGCGCCGCGCCUGGCCUUCUUGAGCAUGUCGCACUUCUUGCGGUUGGGCCUUCGGCAGCGCUCGUCGAUGCUCGGCACGCACUCGUAGUGCCACACCUCCUCCAUCUUUUCCGCCGGGAAGACGCUCUCCACGUAGUGGCGGAUCAGGCGCAGGCGGACCGGGUCCAGCUGCUUCUUGUUGCAGGCCCCCGAGUGGUUGUACUGCAGCCGCAGGUUCUCCUGCGUGAAGAGCUCCGGGAAGAGUCGCACCAGGAGUCGGGCGGCAAAGUUCCCCACGGACAGACUCUGCUGGACGAUUUCCCGGACCUGGGCGCUGGAGAGCAGGACGCCAGGCGGCACAGGGAAGUCGGGCACGGACACGCUGAGCUCCUCCAGGGGGAUUUUGCAGAAGUCUUUAUUGCUCUUCUCAGCCGUGACCGCGGGAACCUCUCUGACCAUCUCGGGAUCCAGCUGACUCAGCAAGUCCGGCCCCACUUCUCGCCCACCGACGCAACACUGGCGUCUGCGGCACCUUUGGUUCAGUGGAGCCAGGAGCUCCGAGGUCCAAACCCGCUGGUUCCUGGCCGGUGGGUAGACCAACUGCACGUAGUGUCGGAGGAGCUCGACACGGACGGGGUCCAGCUGCCUCUCUCCCACGGAGGCGCUGCAGCGCGCCGGCACCGUCCCUCGGCUGCAGAGCUCCGGGAACAGAAGCACCAGCAGCCGCCAAGCAAAGUCCUCCACGGACCAGCUGCAGUCGUAGCUGCUCCUCAGCUGCUCUCUGGACAGAAGCUGCUCCUGAGGAACCGCGAAGCUCGGCGGCGGGAUUUCCAGAGCCUGGAAGUCUACUGGCGGCAAGAGCGGCCUGCUCUCCGGCUCUGACGCCUGAGGCCCGGUGGCAGCCGGGGCGUCGGCCUCGCUACUGCGAGGACCUUCCAGCGCCUCCUCCAGCUGCUGGCCACAGACUUGCAGCCAGUUGUCUUCCGGCACGUCGGGGAAGUGCGCCUCCAUGUAGCGGCGGAUGAGUUCCACUUCGUCAGAGUCCAGCGUCGGCUGCCCUGCGCCGCCCUGCUGCGGCGGGAAGAGGCGGCGCAGGAGGAGCAGUGCAGAGUCCUCCGGCGAGGAGAGGUGGUCCGGCUGGGCGAGCGCCUGCUCCAGCGGGCGGCGCUCUUCCGCAGCCGUCCGCAGCCGCGCGCCCUGCGUGUCUCUCUGCGCCCAGAAGCCGUUGAAGAAGCGGUUGAGCUGGAGCAGGCACUGGUCCCGCCAGACGUGGUGGCUCCUGACCGCGGGGUAGCACACCUCCACGUAGUUCCGCACCAGCUGCAGGUGGAGGGAGCCCGGCGGGCGGCGGGAGCAGCGGGCGGCGGCUCGGAAGAGCUCGGGGAAGAGCUGCAGCAGCAGGCGGCAGCCCAGCUCCCCGGCGCUGGACGUCUGCUCCAUCAGCUGCUUCAGCUCCUCCCGGGUCAGCAGGUACUCGGGCGGGGGCCGGAAGUGGCAGGGCCACGGGGCCGGCGGCACCUGCUCCUGGAUGCGCAGCAGCUCCAGCGUCAGCAGGUCCACUUUGCUGUGCAGCUGCGUCACGCGGGAGUCCAGGCUGUUGAGGAUGAAGAUCAUCUUCUCCAUCAGCGGGACCAGGCCCGACGCCUGGGGCGAGCCCUCGUCAGGAGGGGAGCCCGCCGCGCUUCGCCUGUCCCAGAUCCUGUGUGAGAUGCUGAAGAGCGGCCUGCGCCGGGAGCUUUGCCGCGUCUCUCCGGCAGGUUCCGGCAGGUGUCCACUCAUCUGCACGACACACAGCAGUCAGCGGUGGGAGAGCCGGCCCCGGGCGAGGCCUCUGGAGAGUCACCUUCCCGGACAGUCUGGCCCGCUUGUUGCUCCAUGGAGCCGCCGCCGCGGCUCGUCCUCUCUCAGGCGCAGCGUCCCCCUCCUCGAUGUGGACCUUCUGUUCUGAGGACCGAGAGAGUGAGGUCAGUCGCUGGCCUCCGACCACUGAAUCAGGGGCCCCUCCACGUGAUGGCUGGAGCCGCUUCUUUCCUGCGGCUCCUGAGACAGGAGGACAGGCGUGGCUCCGUCGCUGAAGACCCCGAUGUGUGGGGGGCACUUUUGAGACGUACCUUGGCCGGGCACCGCUGCGUCCCCAAGUUGAGCAGGAUUCAUGGCCUGAAGGAGGAGAGCGGGGCUGGGGUCAGUGCAAGGGCUCCUCACUGCGUCUGACCUCUGACCCUGAAGCUCGCUCUUCACGACACCACGAACGGAGCGGACCCCAUCACGACCCUCAACACUUGCUCAUCCUUCAUCCGCCCACAGGCGGCGCGGAACCCAGCUCGUCAUCACCACAGUGGCUUCACUCUGAGGCGUUAAAGCCCCCCCCACCCCACUCACCUCCGCCCGUCCACGCAGUUCCCGCGCCGUCUAACCGCAGAGCGGACAUCUCCCGGGAGCGUUGGUGUCGGUUCGUGUUGAGCUCUUGCUGGUGUUGUUGCUCACCAUUGUUUUUCUCUCGCUUGUGGCCAGUCUCGCGUGAUGUGAUGGCAUCUGCGUCACUUCCGCCCAGAUGCGAGGAAACGCUCAGGCGCGCGCAGAAAGUGCGGUAUUUGAAUAAAAUAAAUGUCUCUACAAAUCACUCGACCUCACUGAAACAAGAUCGCUUUCUUUUCC